CGAACUAGAAGCGCUUGCGUCAAUUUUUUGAGAAUAUUUUAAUGGUCUGCGUAAUAACCAUCCAUGGAAGGUUGGCCUACUUUCAACACAAUUGAUUUAUGAAUAGAUAGUAGCAACUUUUUGCCCAAAAAGUUGAAUCGGUAAAAUAGCCGUUCACUUGGCUCCCUGUUUAGCAUACUGUUACUACUUAUUUUUGAGCUCAAAACAACGUUUUUCUGCAGAGAAAUGACAAAAUAAUUGUCGAAAGAGGGCGAAUCCUCACUGAAGAAACAAUAAAUAGCGGGGAGGGCGUAGUAGAAUAAAUCUAAUAAUUUGUCCAGCUAAAACAAUAUUUGAAGGAGCAUUUCACGAUCUGACAAUGGUAGCCUAUGUUUUGCGCUUUACAUUGUAGAUUUGCAGUUUUGUAAAGCAUUUUUAAGCAUUUUGAACGAAUAGCUGUUUUGGAGCCGGCUCUUUUACGUGAACACUUUUACGUGAACAGAGCCAAAUGAGCCGGCUCUUUUACGUGAACACUUUUACGUGAACAGAGCCAAAUGAGGCGACUCACCGAUAAGACUCGGAAUGUCCAUCACUAUUGCUGACUUGCAGAAGCAAAGUUGUGCUAAUUACACAAACGCCAUGCAUGUCUAUUUGUGGCUAGGUUUCCAUGAUCCUCUGUUGUUUUCUCCUCAUCAAGAUCAAAAGACCACUAGAUGUAUACCUGUGCCUGCGACCUAAUGGACUACGCAAUGGGAAGGAAAGUUAUGUGACAGUGGACCUGCAGGUCCAAUGCCCACCUACGUACCCUGAUGUACCUCCAGAGUUUGAGCUGAAGAAUGCCAAAGGUCUCUCCAAUGACAACCUCCAGAGCCUCCAGACACAGCUCACUAAACUGUCUGCAGAGCGAUGUGGGGAGGUGAUGAUCUAUGAGCUGGCUGACCAUGUCCAGGGGUUCCUGAGUGAACACAACAAGCCUCUGUCCAGCUCCUUUCAUGAGGAGAUGCUGAAGGACCAGCGGCUGCAGCAGGAGAGGCUAGCCCUGGAGGAGCAGGAGAAACUGGACCAACGCCGCAGGCAGGAAGAGCAGACACAAUUUGAGAUUAUGGCUGAAAUCCAAAGGAGAGAGGAGGAGAAACGAGAGGAGAAAAGGAAAAAAGACAUUGCCAAACAGGAGCGCCUUGAGAGUAUGGACCAGCCUGCUGUAGACAGUUCUGUAUUGGGCAGCUCAUCUUAUUCCCCUGGGCCUCCACCUGAGCAUACUGAGCCCAGAAGAGGGACCAACCCCCGGAGACUGACCAACUCCAACACCCGCCACAGGCAUGGGACAGCCACUUGUAAAUAUUAUUUAGCUCUGUGCCUGAACUUAGUUAACACCGCAUGCUGUUUUUGUUGUAACCAGACGGGACACUACAGCGAGGAUAGCCCACGCUCACAGGAAGUGCUUUACUUCAGCAACAGUACCCUUGGGGAUCUCAUGGUGCAUAGAGGAAAGUGCCUUGGGGAGAGUGUGAGGCUUGGCCGUAAUGUUUAUAAUGCUUUCGACGCGACCAACGGAGAGUUUGCCAUAUACGAGUGGAUCCUACGCUGGAACAAGAAGAUUGGCAAGUUCUUCACCAGUGAGGAAAAGGGGAAGAUUGACAAUUGUAAAAAGCAGAUCCACGGUGCUGCGAGUGAGCUGAACUCCCUGCUGAAGCUGAAACACCCUAACCUGGUGCACUACCAGGCCCUGAGCUCCAGUGAGAGGGAUGACUGCCUGGUGGUGAACCUGCUGGUAGAGCAUGUGGGGGUCAGCAGCAGUCUGAGCCAGAGCCUGGCCAGCCAGACCGCCAUCCGCCUGUUUACCACCCAGUUCCUGGCUGCCCUCGACUACCUCCACUCCAACUCUGUUGUCCACAAACAGCUGGGCGCCUCAAGCGUGCUGCUGGACCACCUGGGCAACGUGCGACUCACAGACUACAGCCUCUCCAAGAGACUGGGUGACCUCUGCAAGGAGGACAUCUUUCAGCAGGCCCGCGUGCGCUUCUGUGAGGACACGCUACCUACCAAGGCUGGGAAGAAAGUGGACGUGUGGAGCCUGGGGCUGAUGCUGCUGGCACUUAGCCAGGGUGAGGAGGUCAGGGAGUUCCCGGUGUCUGUGCCCACCAGCUUGCCCGCUGACUUCCAGGACUUCCUCAACAGGUGUGUGUGUCUGAAUGAUGCUGACCGCUGGAACACCCAGCAGCUGUUGGACCACCCCUUCCUCAACCCUCCACCUCCGAAGACCCCUCCACAGUGCCAGGACGCUAGUCCAGAAGACAUUGGUGAUGACUUUGCGUCGUCGGUCAUCCCUCACAGUCACAUCCUCAAUGCUCCGUUCAGCACUGGGCUACAGAGGCAGUUCUCACGCUACUUCAACGAGUUUGAGGAGUUACAGUUGCUGGGGAAAGGAGCUUUUGGUGCCGUUAUCAAGGUCCAGAACAAGCUGGAUGGAUGUUACUAUGCUGUGAAGCGUAUCCAGGUGAACCCGGCCAGUAAGCAGUUCCGUAGGAUCAAAGGUGAGGUGACGCUGCUGUCACGCCUCAACCAUGAGAACAUCGUCCGCUACUACAACGCCUGGAUCGAGAGGCAUGAGACCCCCUCUACGGGGAUCCUGAGCUCAGACAGCACAGAGCCCCGGCGCACAGCGGAGAAACUGCCUCCGGUCCGAGCCCCUUCUCUGGGCCCCAACGAGCUGGGAAUCGGCAUGCUUGACAACGUGGAGGGUAACGCCCCACCCCCUGCCCCGGCGAGCUCGGUGGAGUGGAGCACCUCCAUCGAGAGGUCAUCUAGCGCCAAGUGCAGUGGUCACGAGUCCAGCGACGAGGAUGAUGAUGUUUUCUGUGCCUCGUUCCUCCCUUCAAACAGUGACUCAGAGAGUGACAUAAUUGUUGACAAUGGAGAUGGCAGCAUAUCCCAGGAAGAGCCAAGCAAUAGAAUGGGUGGUGACACGAUAGAGAGCACAGACUCUCUUUAUCUUUACAUCCAGAUGGAAUACUGUGAAAAAAGCACUUUACGAGACACCAUUGACCAGGGCCUCCAUCAGGACAACAGUCGCCUGUGGAGGUUCUUCAGGGAGAUCCUGGAUGGCCUGGCCUACAUCCACCAACAGGGGAUGAUUCAUCGAGACCUCAAGCCUGUCAACAUUUUCUUGGACGCUCAGGACCAUGUGAAAAUUGGAGACUUUGGCCUGGCCACAGACCAUCCUGCUAGUGUGGCCGCAGCAAGUAUACUGAAUAUUGAGGAGAGUGGCUCUGUUCUGAUUCCCAAACUGGACCAAACAGGGAAUAUGACUGGUAUGGUUGGUACUGCCCUAUAUUUCAGCCCAGAGGUGUAAGGAAAUACCAACGCCACUUACAACCAGAAAGUGGAUCUGUUUAGCUUGGGUAUUAUCCUGUUUGAGAUAUCCUACCGACCCAUGACCACCGGCUCUGAACGAAUCUCAGUCCUGAGCCAGCUGCGCAUGGAGGACAUCAACUUCCCUGAAGAUUUCCCUGAGUAUAAGAGUGGAACGCAGAUGAAGGUUAUUGGCUAGCUGCUGAACCAUGACCCGGCCCUGCGUCCCACGGCCCAGGAACUCCUGAAGAGUGAUCUGCUGCCCCCGCCCCAGAUGGAGGAGUCGGAGCUCCACGAGGUCCUGCAGCACACCAUGGCUAACGUCAAUGGCAAGGCCUACCGCACCAUGGUCAACCAGCUGUUCUCCCAGAUCACCUCCCCCGUCAUGGACUACACCUACGUUAUCGACCUCCACAAGGGCAACUUUAACUUCAACAGUGCCAGAUUGCAACCGUAUGUGUACGAAACAAUCACCAGGAUCUUCAAGAAACAUGGGGCUGUGCGUCUCCAGACCCCCCUGCUCCUCCCCAGGAACAGGAAGCUGUAUGAAGGCAGUGAGCCUUCUUGCUUGAUGGAUCACAGUGGCAUGCUGGUCACCUUGCCCUACGACCUCCGGAUUGCAUUCGCAAGAUUUGUGGCCAGAAAUAAUAUUACCCAUUUCAAGAGGUGGAGCAUUGAGCGUGUGUUCCGGCCCAGAAAGCUGGACAGAGCUCACCCCAGGGAGCUGCUGGAGUAUUCCUUUGACGUCAUUGUCCCCGUCACUAAUAGCCUGCUGCCUGACGCUGAGACCAUUUUCACCAUCUCAGAGAUUAUCCAGGAGUUCAGUGUCCUGCAGAGGAACUACCACAUCUACCUGAACCACACCAGCCUGCUGAAGGCCGUCCUGUUACACAGCGGCAUCCCCGAGGACAAACUGAGCCACGCAUCCAGCAUCCUCUGUGACGCCAUGAGUGAAAAGCUGACCAGGAGAGAGGUGGAGGCCAAGUUCUGUAACCUGUCCCUGUCCAACAACAGUUUGCAGACUCUGUAUAAAUACAUAGAGCAGAAAGGAGACCUGCAGGACCUGGUCCCCCUCAUCACCUCUCUGACCAAAUAGAAGACUGCAGUCACCCAGCUGGCAAAGCAGGGCCUUAAAGACCCGGAGGAACUCACUGGCCUGCUCAGGAGCCUGGGAGUCAAGCUACAGGUGGUGGUAAACCUGGGUCUGGUUUAUAAGGUGCAACACCAUUGUGGGGUCAUCUUCCAGUUUGUGGCCUUCAUCAAGAAACGCAGACGCGCAGCGCCAGACAUCAUGGCUGCAGGAGGGAGAUACGACCACCUGAUCCUUGAGUUCCGUGGCCCAGCGUCCUCUGCUCCUGUCCCUUCGGCAGUAGGGGCCAGUUUGGCUCUGGACAAAGUCUGUGCUGCCCUGGCCAGCAUGGAAGAGCCGGUUUUAACCUAACUCUCUGCGUCUCUCAGUUUUUGUGACGUGCUGGUGGUACCAGUAGGCCACAUCUCCAUGGGCCGAGCCAUCAACGUGGUCCAGAAGCUGUGGACAGCAGGGGUUUCUACUGACAUUGUCUAUGACGUGUCACAGUCCCAGGAGACUAUGCUGGAGCACUGUAGACAGGCUGGCAUCACCUGCAUGGCCCUUGUCUCAGACAAGGACGGGAACUACAUCAAGGUCAAGUCCUUUGAGAAGGAAAGGCAGUCAGAGAAGAGGAUUCCAGAGUCUGACCUUGUGGAUCACAUUGUUCAGAAAUGUCGGACCAAAUUCUUUGAGGAGAGAAAUAUCCGGGAAACCUCUGAGACUGUCUCUCCUCAGAACACCAAGGGGUCACUCGUCAAUGCCUCAGGAUCGUCAGAGCAGCACGGGAGCAGCGCCUCCAGUAACAUCAAUGUGUUACUUAUCUCACCAGAGAAGGUGUCCUCCAGCGGCAGACGGCGCUACGAGACCCAGAUUCAAACCAGAUUGCAUUAUCUUGCUAGCAAUUUACAGAACAAGAGCAAUGACAUCGAAGUUCUGGCUGUGGACCUCCCGAAGGCAACUCUCAUCAACUUCCUGUCAUUGGAGUUUGAUGGAGAUGAGCAGUUCAACAUCAGCGUUAAACAUCUGCUGUCACGUCUCCCCAAGCAGCGCUACCUCAAGUCCAUCUGUGAGGAGAUCCACUGCUUCAAAAUCCUAAAAAGGGCUGCUGUGGUGGUUUUGUACAGCUACAAGGACGAUUACUACAAUAUUCUUCUGUGAAACCAAAGAUGCUACUGCUCAGGACAUGCUCCAAGCUGCUCCCAGCACAACAGGCUUCCUGUGGCGCUUUUCUAUGUAGAGAAACUGUAUCUGUUUAGAAAGAUGACUUUCCUUUUGAGACUGUGAACCUAAAGGCAAAAGUGAACUUUUAGUGUUAAAUUGUGAUCCAGUUACAAUCAGCUCUGAACCUCACUGCAUUUUGUGCUCCUCCCUACAACUAGAAGGCAAAAAAAUGGUUUCUCAUCUUCUUACUGUACCUGCCUUAAUGUGUAAAGGUUAAUGUACAUUCUGAAGAGGAAUGUUUUUUUGAUUGCAGAUAAAGUGUUGCUAUAUUUCCAAAUAAAUGGCCAAUUCCAUAUUUUUAAAGUGACAUGAUGAAUAAUGGCAUUAAAUCUCA